AUUCAAUGAAAAACAUGAAGACUCUUAACAUAUGCCUUCUACUGAGCCUUGCUGUCACUGUUUACAGUGCACCGCUGCAACAAGCUUCUGUGCAAGAUGAGACGUUUGCAGAGGGCUACCUGAGGAAAUUCUUCAACCUGACAGAAGAGACCGGUCCAACUGUGAGACGAGGAAUCAGCCCUCUCAACAAGAAGCUGGCUGAGAUGCAGAGAUUCUUUGGUCUUCAGAUCACCGGGUACAUCGAUGCAGACACCAUGGCCAUGAUGAAGAAGCCCCGCUGUGGUGUUCCUGAUACCAACAUCGGCCAGUUCUCCACCUUUGGAAACAACCUGAAGUGGCAGACAAACAGCCUCACAUACAGGAUUGAGAACUACACUCCAGACAUGUCUGUAGCAGAGGUCGAUGACUCCAUACAGAAAGCUCUGGAUGUUUGGGCCAAAGUCACUCCUCUGAGGUUCACAAGGAUCUACAGUGGCACCGCAGACAUCAUGAUCUCCUUUGGUCGCACCUCUCAUGGUGAUUUUUACCCCUUUGAUGGUCCUGGUGGAACUCUGGCCCACGCCUUCGCCCCGUCCAACGGCAUCGGAGGAGACGCUCACUUUGACGAAGAUGAGACCUUCACCUUCCGCUCUCAGACAGGUUACGUCCUCUUCGUGGUGGCUGCCCAUGAGUUCGGUCACUCUCUGGGUUUGUCUCACUCUAAUGACCCUGGUGCUCUGAUGUACCCCACGUACUCCUACAGAAAUCCUGACACCUUUGUGCUGCCCCGCGACGACGUCAAAGGAAUCCAGUCUCUCUAUGGUUCAAACUCUGAUGAUGAUAACAACGAGCCUGGACCUGAGCCCCCCACCACCCCUGACGCCUGUGAUUCGACCAUGGUUCUGGACGCCGUCGCCACCCUGAGGGGAGAGAUGCUCUUCUUCAAAGACAGCUUCUUCUGGCGUAGCUACAUUUACAGCCAGAGCCCCCAGCAGACCCUCAUCACAAACGCCUGGCCAAACGCUCCCGUCAACAUCGACGCUGCCUAUGAAAGCAAAGUGUUGAACAGUGUCUUGCUCUUCAAAGGCCGUAGAGUUUGGGCUUUCAGCGGCUCUGAUCUUGUGCAAGGCUUCCCUAAGUCUAUCUCCAGCUUUGGCCUGCCUAUAAGUGUGGACAAAAUCGAUGCAGCUUUUUAUGACACUAAAUCUCGCAAGACUCUGUUCUUCGUUGGCAGACAGUACUACAGUUAUGAUGAGGCCAAAAAGAGAAUGGACAGAGGCUUCCCCAAGAACGUGGCUCAAACCUUUAGUCAUGUGACUGGCCAGGUGACCGCAGCCUUCCAGUACAGAGGUUUCACUUACAUCUACAGUGGAUCUUACAUGUACAAGUACAGCCUGAGGUCCCGCAGGUUGUACCGUGUGCUGAGGAGCAACUACUUCCUGGGCUGCAACAGACAUUAG